CUUACAUCACUAAAACUUUUGCAAGAUGGAGCCUCUUUUGCUUGGUUUUAACAAAUCAGUAGCAGCACGUGUAUAAAAAGUGCCAAAUAAUUUUCAGAAAAUGGAUGACCGAAGUGAGAUACCUCAGGAUGGCCCCGCCGGCAUGGAACCCGAGGGCGUCAUCGAGUCCACCUGGCACGAGGUGUACGACAACUUCGAUGACAUGAACUUGCGCGAGGAGCUGCUGCGCGGCAUCUACGGUUACGGUUUCGAGAAGCCGUCGGCCAUCCAGCAGCGCGCCAUCAUUCCCUGUGUGAAGGGUCGCGAUGUCAUUGCCCAGGCCCAGUCGGGAACUGGCAAGACUGCCACCUUCUCGAUUGCUAUCCUUCAGCAAAUCGACACGUCCAUUCGCGAGUGCCAGGCGCUGAUCCUGGCCCCAACUCGCGAGUUGGCCACGCAGAUCCAGCGCGUGGUGAUGGCGCUCGGCGAGUACAUGAAGGUGCACUCGCACGCCUGCAUUGGCGGCACCAACGUGCGCGAAGAUGCCCGCAUCCUGGAAUCCGGUUGCCAUGUGGUGGUCGGCACUCCUGGUCGCGUCUACGACAUGAUCAACCGCAAGGUGCUGCGCACCCAGUACAUCAAGCUGUUCGUGCUGGAUGAGGCCGACGAAAUGUUGUCCCGCGGUUUCAAGGAUCAGAUCCAGGACGUCUUCAAGAUGCUGCCCCCAGAUGUGCAGGUCAUCCUGCUGUCCGCCACCAUGCCGCCGGAUGUGCUCGAAGUGAGCCGUUGCUUCAUGCGCGAGCCCGUUAGCAUCCUGGUGAAGAAGGAGGAACUGACCCUCGAGGGUAUUAAGCAGUUCUACGUCAACGUGAAGCAGGAGAACUGGAAACUGGGCACCCUUUGCGAUCUGUACGAUACGCUGUCCAUCACCCAAUCGGUUAUCUUCUGCAACACCCGUCGCAAGGUGGACCAGCUGACCCAGGAGAUGUCUAUUCACAACUUCACCGUCUCGGCCAUGCACGGCGACAUGGAGCAGCGUGAUCGCGAGGUCAUCAUGAAACAAUUCCGUUCGGGCUCGUCUCGUGUUCUGAUUACCACUGAUUUACUGGCGCGUGGUAUUGAUGUGCAGCAGGUGUCGUUGGUCAUCAACUAUGAUCUGCCCUCGAACCGCGAGAACUACAUUCAUAGAAUCGGUCGCGGUGGUCGUUUCGGUCGCAAGGGUGUUGCGAUCAACUUCAUUACAGAUGAUGAUCGACGAAUCCUUAAGGAUAUUGAACAGUUCUACCACACAACUAUUGAGGAAAUGCCUGCUAAUAUUGCCGAUUUGAUUUAAAUUUUUUCUGCUGAGCCGCAAAACAACUAAGAAAGAAUUCUAAACAAAAAGUGAGUGAGCAAAACAGCAAACAAGAACUGCGAAAUCGAUAACCGAGCGCAACUAUAAAUUAUUCAAAGAUCAACAAGUCAAGUUAAAUAUUUAUUCAAACAUUAAUUCGAAAAGGCAGCCGACCGACCACCCAAGAAAAAGGACUAAACCAGGACAGAGCAGCAACAUCUUCCGCAGCGGCGCAGCAGCAGCAGCAACAACAUCAGCAGCAGCGGAAGCGGCAGCAACAACACCUAGCUACAGCUUACCAAAUAUCGCCGAUUAGCCGGAACCCUCUGUAUCCAUUUAGUUCUCUGUGUAUCAUCAAUUUUAAAACUGCGUCGUCAACCAGCAACAACAAAUAUAUACAAAUAUAAAAAAAAAAAAAAACAACAAAAACCCAACAUUUGCAUCUAUCUAAAGAAAGUAAUAUCUGAAAUCAGGUACAAGAUACCAAGUGCUAAGAAGAGCGAGCAACUAAACGCAAGAGCCACAAUAUCAGAACAUCUUUUUGCCGCACCUUUGUUUUAGCUUUUUCUAGAACUAUUGAUAAAAAUAUAUUAAAAACAAAACAAAAUACAUAUGUACACAUUAUGUUUAAAUAUACCACUCCUAAGAAACA